CCUAUCGCUGCUGUGGUGCUGCCAGGUGUUUGGUUCCCUCUGGCUGCCAAGUGCAUUUAGGGGAGCAAAGGGAGCACGCUGGUGGCUUCCCAGAAGCAAAUAAAUAAGCAUGUGAGCAUUCUACUACUUUGGGGGUGCCUUUUCCAAGUAGCCACUCGCUCCUCAUUCUAUGGUGCAGCCACACAGGGCAAAGGUACAGUGAUGGCUCCUACAAGAGGAGGCAGUUCUUGAGAUGUCUUACUUCAGGACUCAGCAUCAAAAAAUCUCACAUCAUCAUCAUCGUAAUCAUCAUAACAAUUCCCAAAACUAAAUGCAAAUUCUUCUUGUCUCUGUUACAGAAAGGUCACACGAAGAUCUCAGCAUCCAUUUCCAGUAGGCAGCUGCACUUGGACAGUCAACCAAGAUGAACAGGAUUCUAAUGGUGGCAUUUUCUGCUCUGCUCUGCCUGGCCAUAGUACAAUGUCUGAAGUGCAACAAAUGCAGCAGAUAUAUGAAUGGCAAGUGUAAUGAGGGUGAAGGUGUAUGCGAGGCCCCCUUUUCUAAUAUGUCUUGCUCAACUUUGAUAUUUAAAGAAAGCAAGGAGAUGAUAUUUGACUGUGGGCUCCCACUGUACUGUGACACAUUCCAUUCAAAGACAAACCAUGUGCCCUUCUACAUCACAUGCUGUGAUACAGAUUUCUGUAAUGUGCCACCUUUGGGACCUGAUGGUGAAACCUCCACAGCGCCAAGCCUACCAGAGAAUCCUUAAGGCCUGGUCCUCACCCACCACCCUACCAAAAUCCUUAAUAACUCAUUUGUAUUCCAUUUUUUGUCAUCUUGGUCUUAUAAAGCGCUGGGUGGUAUAAGCAGAAAUAA